AUGGAGGACGACGCGGGGAAGAACCCAAACGGAGGGCCAGCCGACUUGAGCGGCCAAAGCGACAACGUGGUGGGGGAUGACGAGUACCCCGAGGAGUUUUCCGAGUCGGGCGAGUCCAAUGAGUUUUCAGAGGGGGGUAAAGAAGAACGCUAUGGGGGAAGGGAAGAUCGCUGUGAGACCCCCCAUGCGAGUAACCUGCAACCCGAGAGGGAAUCAAAACUCCCAUUUGCAAAAAUGAAAGAAGAGGUCCUGCAUGUGCACAAGAAAAACAUAAGCGGGUUGAAGACGGUACGAAAGGGAAGCAGCCUCAUACUGACCGGCAACGACAACUGCAUCCGCGUAUACGAAUUUCAGAGCAUGAAUAGGGAGGACAAAAGCUGCUCCAAACUUAUCACCCUAGCAGAAGGGUCCACCAUUCAGUCAGUAGAUGCGACUAGUAACCUACUUUUGGUGGCGAAUGGAAAUAAGUCCUUUGUGUAUGACCGGACAGGGAAGCUAGUGAAAAACACCAUCAGGGGAGACAUGUACAUUACGGAUGCUAACAAAACGAAGGGACACACGAGAAGCGUUAACUGCUGUCGGUUCCACCCAUGCAAUGAAAGCAUCUUCGCAAGUGCUAGUUUAGAUAGCACCGUUAGAAUUUGGGACUUAGAAAAAAACAACUGUUACGGAAUUGAUAAAGAACUAGUGCACCACCAAUGUAUAAAAGUGGUGAAUGAAAAGAACAUGAUGCAAAAUAAUGUCCUUUGCUGUCAGUUCGUUCGAGAUGGGAACUCCAUCAUCUUGGGAUGUGAAAAUGGCCAGAUUGAAGUGAGAAAUAAAAUAUCAAAUGAUUAUAUGUUCAGCUACAAACCUAAGCAACACAUCGGAAGGGACCUUUCCCAUUCGGAUUCCAUUGUUGACAUUUUGACUUGCAAAAAAAGGGAUCAUUUUUUCUUCACCAGGAGCUUAGAUAACACCGUUAAGUAUUGGGACCGCAGGAACCUACAGAGGUGCGUUAAAAGCAUUGAGGGCAUUCCGACCAUUUUUAAAAACAGCAGCAUGUCUUUGUGGGGGGCUGAUGAGCGGUACUUGGUGCUCGGCACACAGGAAAGGAAGGAAGUGCCAACGGAUGAGGUGGCUUUAAAGGAGCGGGCCGUAGGAGACCCUGGAGGAAGUACCCCUCAUGGAAAGGAGCACUUCCCCCAGGAACUGAAAAGGAAGGGAGCCGAUUUAUAUGCCAACAACUAUGUGAAGGUCUACCAGGGGGAUGAAGACAUGGAGCAGUUCCUAAACCAAGUGGCUGCUUCGAACAAAACGGUAAAGUGCAUAAAGGGCGCUCUGCAAAUUUAUGACACUUACGGGGAGGUCUUCUCCUUGGUGCAUGAGAGGCGGUACGAGGAGGCAGGCAUCAUCUGCACGCAUUUCAGCGACCACAUAGGUCAGCUCUUUCUGGGCACCACGGAUGGGAACUGCCUUGUGUACUACCAUGAUGAGCGUAGCGGUGAUGAGCAGCGCAGCGGUGUUGAGGAGCGCAGCGGUGAUGACCUGUAUGGAGAUGCUGACCGCUGCGGCGUACCCCCCGUGGGGAGGAAGAAAAAGGGAGGCGUCCUUGAGUACCUGCACAAGGGCGUCAAGCGAAAACGGGAAAGGGCCUCCUUCUACACCAACUCUGAGCACAUAUACAAUUUGGACAGCCUGCCAAAGGAAAUAAAAAUAACGGACGCUGGGGAUGUGCUUAUAAAGAAGGACCUCAUCAAUGCGAAGGUUAAAAUGAACCCCAAGCUCAGCUCGUUCACAGCAAAUGCAUAUGAGAAGAAGAGGCAAGUCGGCAUGUACUCUAAAUAUAUUGUAGAUGCCAACCCUAGUGGGAAGGACCCGUCCAGCAGCCAAACCAACAAGGGAAACGAGUAUGAAGAGGAAGACAUCGUAGAAAAGUUGCGAAAAAGAGAACAGAGCAAACAAGGGGGGGACUACUUUAUGAACGCCUACAAGUACACGCAGCCGAGUGCCAUAAUUGACUAUUCCUCUGGUGAGGAGCAGGAGUACUCGCAGCUUUUGAAGAAGCCCAAGUGCCCCCAGUGCGGGGUUAAGAACUGCGUCUGCGGGUUUAUGCGCUCGGGGGGGAGGCGCGCCAGAUGAGGGGGAGCGCAUAUUAGGAGAAGAAGUACAGCAGAUAAUGCGGAGAAGCGUACUCAUUGUGGGGGAGAAGUACCCUCGCGGGGUGCAUGCCCUACACUGCUGCCAUGCGGCGUGGCGACUCCCCGGGUCGAAUGGUCAACACCAUUUACACAGUAACGUCUUUACACAGUCACGUCUUUACGCGGAUGGGCAGUGCGCCUGUGCGGUUUGUUAAGUCAAACUGUACAAAAAAAGAAGCGGUUGGCUGGGGGGGUCACUCCAUUUUGGGGGAGCCCCUCCCGUUUGGGGAGCUCACCUCUGCUGGGGGGACGAUCUGUCUCAGUGCGGAGCCACCCCUUUCCCCGCCUACGAUACGGAGACCGGUUUGGAGUCUCCCUCCCGCAAGCGCUUGUUAUCCUCAAGCAGCUCAACGUACAGCCGCUGGAGCGACUUGUGGUACUCAAUUUCCUUUUGGUUUUCCUCUCGUUCCUCCCGAAUGCGCUCACGGGCAUAGGCCUUCUCCCGCUCAUGCAGAGUGCUGAGCGCGUCCUUCUCAUUCGAAUAAUUUACAUACAAACUGAAUUGAGAGUCAAAGGAUUUUUUAUAACCUUUAAUUUUUCGCUCAUAGCCCUUUGUGUACACGUCGUAUUUGUUUUCUGUUUUUUUAUAGAGCUCCAUAUUUUUGUGAAUGAACUUGUUUAGCUUUUCACAUGUGUGUUUGUAACUCUCUUUGAUGUCUCGCUCGCUCAUGCGCUCGAUGAACGUGUAUGCGUUUUGGGCGGGGCAGAAGAGGACUUGCUCGUUUAGUUCGCUC